AUGUCCGCCGCCCUGAACAAGAUCGCUGCCAACAGCCCCUCGCGGGCCAACCCCUCCGAGCUGGAGCAGAACAUUGCCCAGGCUCUGUACGACCUCGAGAGCAACACCGCCGACCUCAAGGUCGCCCUCCGCCCUCUGCAGAUCGUUUCUGCCCGCGAGAUCGAGGUCGGCCACGGCAAGAAGGCUAUUGCCAUCUUUGUCCCCGUUCCUUCCCUGCAGGGCUUCCACCGCGUCCAGCAGCGCCUUACCCGUGAGCUCGAGAAGAAGUUCUCCGACCGCCACGUCCUGAUCCUGGCCUCCCGCCGCAUCCUGCCCCGCCCCAAGCGCUCCGCCCGCUCCCGCAACAACCAGACCCAGAAGCGCCCCCGCUCCCGCACUCUCACCGCCGUCCACGACGCCAUCCUCACCGACCUCGUCUACCCCGUCGAGAUCGUCGGCAAGCGCCUCCGCACCAAGGAGGACGGCUCCAAGCUCCUCAAGGUCAUUCUCGACGAGAAGGAACGCGGCGGUGUUGACUACCGCCUCGACACCUACUCCGAGGUCUACCGCAAGCUUACCGGCCGCGGUGUCACCUUCGAGUUCCCCCAGUCUGGCUCCGCCGAGUACUAG